GUGAUGGAGAACUUGUUUCGUCUUGCCGAUCAUGAUGAUUUCUUCUCUCGACGUUGCAUCUGGGUUAACGGUCCAGUGAUCGUUGGGGCCGGGCCAUCAGGCCUGGCUACAGCUGCUUGUCUUAGAGAACAAGGGGUACCUUUUGUAGUCCUUGAACGAGCUGAAUGCAUAGCCUCCCUGUGGCAAAAGCGCACCUAUGACAGACUUAAACUUCACCUUCCAAAGCAAUUCUGCCAGCUCCCAAAACUCCCAUUCCCAGAAGACUUCCCUGAAUACCCAACCAAGAGACAGUUCAUUGAGUACCUUGAAUCAUACGCCAAGCAUUUUGAGAUCAACCCACAAUUCAAUGAGUGUGUUCAAUCAGCAAGGUACGAUGAAACCAGCGGCCUGUGGCGCGUCAAGACUGUUUCAACAGCUGGCUCUGCCCGUAACGAGGUCGAAUACAUUUGCCGGUGGCUCGUUGUGGCCACAGGCGAGAAUGCUGAGCGCGUAAUGCCCGAAAUCGAAGGAUUGAGCGAGUUUUGUGGUGAUGUCUCACAUGCUUGUGAAUACAAGUCUGGAGAGAAGUUCACCGGAAAGAAAGUGGUGGUCGUUGGCUGCGGAAACUCGGGCAUGGAAGUUUCUCUAGACUUGUGCAACCACAAUGCCUCACCUUCAAUGGUGGUCCGAAGCUCGGUCCAUGUCUUACCAAGAGAGAUCUUUGGAAAAUCUACAUUCGAACUAGCUAUUAUGAUGAUGAAAUGGCUGCCCCUCUGGCUGGUUGACAAGCUCUUGUUAGUCCUGGCAUGGCUGAUCCUUGGAAACAUUGAAAAAUACGGCCUCAAACGGCCAUCGAUGGGGCCAUUGGAACUCAAAAACGAGAUAGGAAAGACUCCUGUUCUUGACAUUGGAGCGUUGGAGAAAAUCAAAUCCGGUGACAUCAAAGUAGUUCCGGGAAUCAAACGGUUCACUCGCAACCAAGUAGAGCUUGUCAAUGGCGAAAAGCUCGAUGUAGAUUCAGUAGUUUUGGCUACUGGGUACCGCAGCAAUGUCCCUUCUUGGCUUCAGGAAGGCGAAUUCUUCUCGAAAAACGGAUUCCCAAAAGCAGCAUCACCACAUUCGUGGAAGGGAAAUGCAGGGCUUUACGCAGUUGGGUUUUCAAGAAGAGGGCUAUCUGGGGCUUCAUCAGACGCCAUGAAAAUAGCUCAAGAUAUUGGUAAUGUGUGGAAGGCGGAAACGAAGCAACAAAAAAAGAGAACAACUGCUUGCCAUAGACGCUGCAUUUCCCAAUUCUGAAA